AAAAUGUCGGUCAAUCUGCAACCCAGUAGCUCUCUAGGCUUCAAUCGUCCCUUCACCCAGAAUGUCAAGCGAACGCUCGCUAUUGGCAACACCAAUGCCCAGCCCGUUGCAUUCAAGGUCAAGACCACCGCUCCAAAGCUGUACUGUGUACGGCCGAAUUCUGGGCGUGUUGAGCCUGGGGAAACGGUAGAAGUGCAAGUGAUGCUGCAAGCAAUGAAGGAGGAACCCCCUCUCAACACCAAGUGCAAAGACAAGUUCCUCAUCCAGAGCACAUUGAUCACCCCAGAGAAGGAGACUGGUUCCCUCAACGAUAUCUGGACCGUAUCUGAAGGCGACGAUGUCAAAUCCCAGAAGAUCAAAGUCGUUUAUCUCCCACCGGAUGGGUCAGUCGAGGAAGAGGAAGAGCCUUCUAUCCUCGUCCCAGGCCACGAAUCCCGGUACGACACCGUGCGUGGCAAUGGCCACGUCCCCGAUCCAGUCCACCACCGAGAAGCCUCGCACACUCCCCCCGGCGCCAACUUCACCGCCGCACGCGAGGAGCACCACGAUACAGCAGAGCCCGUCCAGGUCCUAGCCCCACCGACCUUCGAACGCGAACCCUCUGGCGCCAUCGUUAACGUCAAUGUUCACCAACCGCCUCCCGUUCAACAACGGUCGAUCACGCCACCUGCUCCUACGCCUGCUCCCCCUCCAGUCCCCACUAUCGCCGCACCUUCACUUGCUCCACCCAUCGAUCCCAACCCCGAGCUCGCUAUGAAGUACACCGAAGCUCAGUCCGAAAUUCAGCGUCUCCGUGCGCUCCUGGCCGCUGUGCCGGACCCAAGUAGCGUGGCGUCGGCGUCGAGCGGCACUAGCCCCACGGAAUUGAGGAGGAGACAUCGUGGAACAACCUCCGAUGACGGGACGACCGUGGUUUCGGGCAGUGACACAAACACGUAUGUCGAGGAGCUUUCAUCCGAGGGUGUGCCAUUGCAGGUCGUCAUCAUCAUCGCGGUCAUGGUCUUUAUCACCACUUAUCUCUUCUUCUAAUCUUUUUCUUUUCCCCCGCUUCUUAUUUAUCCUCGCUAUCCGCUUUCUCUAUCUCUAUAAACCCCCUCUCCACCUGCUCAAACAGUCCCGGAUUGAUAUCGUCUUUCGUGUAUCUCGUGUUGGCCCUUCGUGGCUGUCCCCGUUCCUUACUACAUGUUUUCACAGUACUUAUUCUCAUUUCUGCGACGGACAUAUAUACUCACAUGCGUACUCUCCUUAACUUUUCUAUAUACAAAUUCGAUUACCUCCCUCUCGUGUCUCGUUUUCAGUCUACGGUUUCCUGAGUUUCUCCUUUUCUUUCUUCCUCUCUUUUUCUCGCUUCCUCUGGUCGAGGGUUGAGGGUGAGCGGUGAACCAGUAUGCACUGGUACUCCGGCACUCAUAUAGUACAUAUAGGUCACAUCGUGAUGCAGGCUGGAGGUAUGUGUGCAUGUCCUUGAUAAUCAUCGAGUACAUAUAUGCAUGCAAGCC